GUGGAGGGAGAGAGUGAUGCAUCAUCACAUGAGCCUGUCUGUCUGCGUUGCUCAAAAGUUGGAUCGUGGGAGCUCGUUGAGCGACGUCUAGCCGCGGCACGGAUGAGAUCGUCCCAUGUAGUAGUAGCCGUGUAGGCCGUCAGUUGCUGCCGCUCGCUCACACGUCCGGUCCUCUCCCAAGUCCGAAUCGCUCGAUUCAAUCACCUGGUCGCUGUUGCUGCUUACUCCGUCUUCCUCCAGCAUUUAUUACUCAAUAGAGUCAGUCGGUCUCGGACAGUUCCAACUCCAUUUUCACGACCACACGCACUCCCGAGUCCCAUCCACUCCUUCGGUCCUUCCCCUUCCAGUUCCAGCUUCCAUCCCUUUCCCUUGCCUGCGCUACUGCUCCCCCCUGCGGCGAGCGGCGAGCAGCGAGCAGCGUGCUCUCUCUCUCUCUCUCUCUCUCUCUCUCUCUCUCUCUCUCUCUCUCUCUCUCUCUCUCUCUCUCUCUCUCUCUCUCUCUCUCUCUCUCUCUCUCUCUCUCUCUCUCUCUCUCUCCCUCCCUCCCUCCCUCCCUCCCUCCCUCCCCCCCCCCCUCCCUCCCUCCCUCCCUCCCUCUCUCUCUCUCUCUCUCUCUCUCUCUCUCUCUCUCUCUCUCUCUCUCUCUCUCUCUCUCUCGCUCUCUCUCUCUCGCUCUCUCUCUCUCUCUCUCUCUCUCUCCCCCCCCCCCGGGCUAAGUCCAUUUGGCUUCUCCUCCGUGUCGGACGCCCGCUGGUCGCUGACUCGUGUUGCUGUUGGGGCGGCGUCGACGCUGCAAAGUUAUUGCUGCUGGCAUUGCGGCGCGGUAAGAGGAGAGGAGCGAGGAGGGAUCGGCGGAGAAUGAAGAUGAAGGCGCUGGCGUGCUGCCGGCGGCGGCCCCAGGACUUGAGCAUCGACAUGGACCAAGAGCCCGACAGGGUGAUGACAUAUAAUGGCCUGGAGACCUGCAUUAUCAACUGUUCCGCCUAUGACGAUGAUAGUGGCAUCAGUGCAACAACAUGCGGAGAUGGCUGUGUCACCGCUGAUUCCCUUGAUGAUGAAGUCUCUAGCUGCUUUAGUAAAGAUGCUUCUGGUUCUUCCUUCUCUUCACACUGCCUUAGCAAGCAGGAGGAGCAUUCGCUAGAUGAGUUGGGUACACCCAUCGCAAUUCAUCUACUCCCUUUCAAAGCGAAGAAACCAAUCACAUAUACCUUGAGUGCUUCAGAUAUUGAAAACAUGAAGAAAAAAUUUGCGAAGCUUUUGCUCGGUUAUGAUACUUCAGGAGGCGCUAGGGGCGUUUGUGCGGCUCUGGCCUUGUCUAAUGGCAUAAUCAAUCUCUCUGCUACUGUUUUUGGAGAACUCUGGAAGCUGGAACCAUUGUGCGAAGAUAAAAAGAUCAGGUGGAGAAAAGAAAUGGACUGGUUGAUGUCUCCUACAACUUAUAUAGUGGAGCUGGUUCCAAGGAAACAAAGCGGAGCAGAUGGAUGCACAUUUGAGAUUAUGACUCCAAAGGCCCGCUCAGAUGUUCAUGUGAACCUUCCUGCCCUUCAGAAGCUUGAUACGAUGCUCAUUGAAGUAAUGGACUCUAUGAUAGAUACAGAGUUCUGGUAUGAGGAGAGUGGUAGCAGAGCUGAUGGUCCGGUGAAAAUUACCGGCCCAAGGAAGAGUAAAAAGUGGUGGCUCCCAUCUCCUCGUGUCCCUGAGCAAGGGCUAUCUCGAUUUCAGCGGAAAAGGCUUGUUUUUCAGGCUAAGCUUGUUCACCAGAUCCUCAAAGCCGCAAAAUCCAUCAACGAACAAGUCCUGUUCCACAUGCCUAUUCCGGCAGCUGUUAUGGAUGCCCUUCCAAAGUCUGGGAGAGCUAGCUUGGGUGAAGAUUUGUACCAGGCUAUAACGACCGAGUAUAUUCCCAUAGAGGAAAUAUUUGUUUCCCUCAGUUUGAAAACUGAGCAUAGUGUGCUCGAGACUAUGAACCAGUUGGAGGGGGCAAUGUUUGCAUGGAACCAAAGAAUCUUAGAGGAGCGAAGCAAGAGGUCACCGGGACGUCAUUCCUGGAGCUUCAUGAAGGACAGCUCGUCAGAACUCGACAAGAUGUCUGCAUGCAUCGAAAGGGUCGACACCCUUGUGCAGCUUCUGAAAGCCAGAUAUCCGAACCUGCCUCCAACUUUUAUAGAUGUUCUAAAGGUCCAGUACAAUGUGGAUGUGGGGAAUGCAAUCGUGGAGGCAUACUCUAGGGUUCUUGUCGGGGUAGCAUUCAGCAUACUGUCGCGCGUGGCGGAGAUACUGCUGGAGGAUGACCUGGUCAAGAGGCCCAACACCCCCAUGGCCUCACUGAAGUUCGACCUCUCCUCCGACGUGUACUUGGCCGGCAUAACAGAGACGCCGCCGGGACACGUCCGGAGGUCCCUUAUGGAUCAGAUCAGCAUGGUCGACGGGCGCUUCAACGCUGCUGUGAAGAAGAAAGGAGCGAAGCAGCUGAGGUGGUGAGGACAGUCGGCUGUUGUGUGAAAUCUUUUGGCCAUGUACAGGGUGGGUGAUGCAGAGCCCAGUGUCCGCUCCACAAGGACACAAGGCAAGGUUACCAUAGCAAUAGCGCCAGUGUAAUGUAUUUGGCAACGAGUUUAUAGCUUACUGUAAGAGCAAGCAUUAGGCGAAUCCUGCCUGUCGAAGUCUCCGGAUGUUGCUGUUCCGUCUGAACAUCUGAUGCUCUUGGUCAGCCUCUGCUGCAUUUCUUGCUGGCACCUGAUGAUAGCAUGUCUAUGGCGAGGGACCUUGCUUGAGUGCUUGACGGGUUCAUGCUGACGCGUCUUCCGCUCUGGAAGCAGUCCGCGUGUGGACGCUUGUGGAAUUGAGACUUUAGAGAAGAGAACGAAUUCCGAAGUCAGAUUGGGAGCCAGUCGGGUGCAAAAGGGAAGGAAAUGCACUCGGCCCAACAAAUCUUCCCCGCACGGUCAUUCGGUCAGCGAUCCUCUAGUUGUAUCCUUGAUUUUUCAGAUUUCUGUCAUCAAUGUCACUAUUAUAGAAUCUACGGCAUACAUAUUUUUAGGUUUUUUUUCACAAA